UUUCACUUUAAAAAUAUACACAUUUCUUUCAAUAAAAUUAAUAUAUAUAUAGCCAUGACCAUUCUGCGUUGAACAAAACACACACACUUUCACCAUGAAUAUUGAAAACUUCUCAUACAACCCCACAACAACAACCACCACCACAACCUUAAAUCUUCCGAAACACAACCCAUACUUUUCAUUUCAUCAAACAUCUCUCGAAGGAAUCGCCGCGGUUGUCGGAGAACAAAUCCUCUUCGGACCCCACACCAACACCAAUACGACACCAUCCAACACCGUUUCACACCCCAAAAACACAACAACAGAACCAACAAAAACCAACACCAUUCCAUUAAACAAGAACUACAGAGGAGUUAGAAAACGACCAUGGGGAAGAUGGUCAGCGGAAAUACGCGACAGAAUCGGUCGGUGCCGUCACUGGCUAGGAACAUUCGACACGGCUGAAGAAGCGGCGCGUGCUUACGACGCAGCAGCUAGGCGACUGAGAGGCUCUAAGGCUAGAACAAAUUUUAAGAUACCCUCGGUUUUUCCCAUACCGUUAUCACCAAACUCGAAUGAGUCCUGUUCUUCUUCUGAAACUAACGGUAAGAAAAAAGCUGUGCGUAACAGUGUUAGGAAGUGUUGUGUUGUUAGUUCUGUUGGAGAGUUGUUCAGUGGUGUACCUGAGGUUAGAAGAGAAAGGGAUAGUAAUGGUAAUGUAGUUAAGUUUGGUGGUAGAAACAGUACUGGAAUGGUGGUGUAGGUUGAAAUAGUAUGCUACUAGCUAGGAGGUUUUUUCUUCUUAGUUCUUAGUCUUUGUUUUUUUCUUCUUGGAAAUGUGAGGGGUUAAUUAUGUCAUUUUCUAAUGAUAGAAGGGUGUUAUGGGAAAUCGAUUCUCUAAAGUUGAAGAUUCACAUUCAUGCAUUUCAGAAAUCGGUAUGAAUGCGAAAAAGCCUGAUGGUUGGUGAGAUGGAUUCAUAGGAUCGUUGUUAAUUUGGGUAUGAAUUAAUAUGUGCAUUAAUGUGAUGUAUAUUAUGUACUACUUCUAUGUAGUACUACUUAAAUGAAUGGAAGGUUAUAUUUAAAAAUUACUAAUGGAAGAAGGACUUUGUUUGUUUUAUGAGAAAUGAUACUUCAUAAUAUAAAUAUUAUAUUCUUUA